CGGAGUUAGCAACCCGAGUAGCCGGUGCCUACGGAACCGAACCUUAAACUGGGGUUUGCCAGUUCCGAUCAAUCCAAGCACUGGGCAGAGGAGCGUGUUUAUCCCAGUCCUCCGUCGACUGCCCUGUUAUCGGCCGGACCGACGCAGAUGGCUGAGGUCACAUUGUUAACGUCGUGAUUAGCGGUCGCUGCGUCAUCCCAACUUGGAACACUAACCUGUGCGUUGAGUUUAUAUCUCGCCGAGUUGCGUGUGCCGUCGUAUUCGGUCUAAUGCCACAAUGUUGACGAUAUUGUCCAGAAUAAAGAACCAGAGAUUUUUCUUCAAAGAGGUUGUGGUUGGACGAAUAUAUGGACAAGCGUGUGGAGAGACCGAGUCGAGCCUUUUAAACCGCACUGCCCCUCCAGCAUCAACGGCGCGUGGCGUUUCAGAUGGAGUCAGACGUGUUUCUACUACCUGUGCACUUUGUGUCAAAAGCCGGGGAAUCCAGAAGAAGAGAGACAUUUCCGAAAAGAAAAUGACACGCUACUUUGUGGACUGUCGCAAUGUGAAGCUGCUUGCUGGGUUAGGUGGGAAUGGAGCCUCCACCUUUCACAGUGAGCCCCGGAAAGAGUGGGGUGGACCUGAUGGAGGGAAUGGAGGUGAUGGGGGAAGCAUCACCAUCAAAGUCGACAGGGUUGUUAAAUCGUUGGCGCAGUUAGCUCCAGUCUACAAGGGAGAAGAUGGGCAUUCAGGGAGCAACAAGAACUGUUAUGGUCGGAAUGGCAGAGCAACCUACAUUUUUGUGCCAGUAGGCACUGUGGUGAAGGAGCAGGGAAAGACAAUAGUAGACCUCUCUGAGCAUGGCCAGGAGUAUCUGGCUGUAUUUGGAGGAGCUGGUGGGAAAGGGAACCGUUUCUUUCUGUCUAAUGAGAACCGUGCCCCAAUGACAGCCACGCCAGGAGUGAAGGGCCAGGAGAGAGUCCUACAGCUAGAAUUGCGCACCAUGGCCCAUGCUGGACUGGUUGGAUUUCCAAAUGCAGGGAAGUCAUCACUGCUGAGGGCUAUCUCCAAUGCUAAGCCUGCUGUAGCUGCUUACCCCUUUACAACACUCAACCCACAUGUGGGCAUUGUCAACUACAGGGAUCAUGAGCAAGUAGCAGUGGCUGAUAUUCCAGGCAUCAUCCGUGGGGCCCAUCUAAACCGUGGCCUGGGCAUCUCUUUCCUACGACACAUAGAGCGCUGUCGUUUCCUGCUCUUUGUUCUGGAUCUGUCCGUUCAAGAACCUUGGACUCAACUCGAAGACCUACGCUAUGAGCUUGAACAGUAUGAGUCCGGUUUGUCCAAACGGCCUCACGCCAUCAUAGCCAACAAAAUGGACUUGCCAGAGGCCCAGGAGAACCUCAAGACUCUUAAGAGCCACAUCACCCAGAAGGUGAUCCCUGUGUCGGCUCUCACAGGACAGAACACAGAGGAGUUGAUCCUCUACCUCAGAGAGCUGUAUGACGGCUACCUCCAGGGAGAGGACUGUGGGACAUAUCCAAUCAUUAAGUGGUAGCGGAAAUUAUGUGCUAGCCAUUGCAUUGUUUUAAUUCUAUGAUGCAUGAAUGUAUUUGUUAAAU